AAAAAACCGAAACAAUUAAGGCCUCAAUUUUAAUCAUUUAUCACCGGACUAGUUUUCGAUGGUUGCCACUCCUAGUCGAGCAGGGCUGAGCCCUAAUUCGUUCAGUUUUGGCAUCUACCAAAAACGAGUUCCAUUCCAGUAUUUAUUCAGUAAUUCAGUUUAAUCCGUUGCAACAUCGCCCAGUUUUUCAACAUCCUCAUACCGGCACUUAUAAUAUGAAUGUAGAGUGGUUAGAGGCAUGGAGACUUCUCAGGCUGGUCUGGAUCCUGCUGUUUCUGAUUUUAUGCCUGAUUUUUGAGCCUGUGGCAGGAGUGAGAGCAAGCUCUGGCGUGAAGCGAACACGAAAGCCGCGCAUCACCACGACAACCGCAGGCCCAACAACCACGGUUAAUUUCACGAUUCCACCACCGAUCAUCAGAACUCAGAAGGAAAUAGAGGCGGCUAUGAUCAAGAGUCAAAUCAUACCUGACCUUUUCACCGAGGCACCAAAAAAGCUCCAAGUUGUAUCAGUAAAAUUUGAAGGGAAAUCGUUGGCAAACCUAGGAAAUCAUUUAUCAAUUCGAGAUUUAGAGUAUUGGGCACCUUUCAUCCAUUGGAAGUCAGAUGAGUCGGAAUUCUACACUUUGAUGAUGCUCAACCUUGACGUUCCAUCUAGAGAAAACCCAUCACAACGAGAGUGGAUUGUUUGGCUGAUGACAAAUAUUCCGGGAUGCUGGGUCAUGCGUGGUGACGAAUUAAUUGAAUAUGAGGAACCUGAUCCAGAAAAAGGAACAGGAUCUCAUCGAUAUGUUCUCCUCAUUUAUCACCAGAAACAAGGCAAACAGAAGUUUCGUGAAUACGCAUUCAACCUCAUACCCGGUAUAUU